GCCGUCGCCACCACCAUGAACCCCUCCAGCGCCCCCGCCGAGAUCACCGCGCGUCUGCGGGACACCGCCCCCUCCCUCGUCUUCGCCUCGCCUCAAAACGCCUCAAAGCUUCCGCCUCUCUCCGCCCCGCUCGUCCUCGUACCCGACACCUUCCACCUCUCGCCCGAUCAGCACCAUCGCUUCGCACUCUUCCACGCGCUGCUCGACCCCGCCGGCGCUGACGCGCUGGCCCCUCCAGAGGUCGGCCAGGAGGACGCCGCCGUGGUCCUUUACUCGUCGGGGACGACCGGCGGGAGCAAGGGCGUGGUGCUCACGCACCGCAACCUCAUCGCCAUGGUGGAGCUCUUCGUACGCUUCGAGGUGUCGCAGUACACGCGGCCUGCUUGUGAGAAUAUCUACCUGGCGGCGUUGCCCAUGUUCCACGUCUACGGCCUCGGGCUCUUCGCCGUGGGCCUCCUCUCGCUGGGAUCCACGGUGGUGGUGAUGAAGAGGUUCGACGUGGGAGAGGCCGUCAGGGCCAUCGACAGGUACAAGGUGACGCACCUGCCUCUCGUGCCGCCCAUCGUGGCGGCGCUGGUGAGGGCCAAGGCGCCAUUGCAAUCGUUGGUGCAGGUCUCAAGCGGCGCUGCUCCGAUCAACGCCAACCUCAUUCACGACUUCCUCACCGCCUUCCCACACGUUGAUUUCAUUCAGGGGUAUGGCAUGACGGAAUCGACUGCCGUAGGAACUCGCGGCUUCAAUACUUGCAAGCACAAGAAGUAUGCUUCGGUGGGUCUUUUAGCACCCAACAUGCAUGCUAAAAUUGUUCAUCUGGAAAGUGGUUCCUGCCUGCCUCCAGGCUCUUGUGGGGAGUUAUGGCUCGAUGGCCCGGCUAUAAUGAAAGGUUACUUGAAUGAUGGUGAUGGUUCUUUCACAAGAAAGGAUGGCUGGUUGCGGACUGGGGAUAUUGCUUACUUUGAUUCAGAUGGAUACUUGUUCAUAGUGGGCCGCCUGAAAGACACGAUCAAGUACAAAGGAUUUCAGAUAGCUCUAGCUGACUUAGAAGCAGUUCUGAUCCGGCACCCUGAAAUUGUUGAUGUUGCUGUGACAUCUGAUGAAGAUGAAGAUGCUGGAGAGAUACCCGUAGCCUUUGUGGUGAGAAAAUCUGGGAGCAUUCUUUCUUGUACGGAUGUGAUGGAGUAUGUGGCCAAGCUGGUGGCGUCGUAUAAGAGGGUGAGGAAGGUAGUAUUUGUGGAGGCGAUACCCAAGUCAGCUGCUGGAAAGAUUCUGAGGAUUCUCAAGGACUCGCUUGUUGAUGUUUCCGGUUUCAGAUCCAAGCUAUGAACAGAAAAGAAGCAGCAUUUACUCAUUCAAUCAAAGGGGACGCAAGCAUAGCUUUCUAUAUUUUCACUUUGGCCGUCAGGUUAGGCCAGGCCUCCCAUUUGUUUAAAGAAAAAAAAAGGACAUACCAUCGUUCCAAAUAUUUUCAUUUUAGGGAAAAAAAAAAGGCAAACGAGGUCAGUCCAGGGCCAAGAAUCGAGUUUGUACAACAUGCUGUUAAUUUUUCCUGUAGAUCAUGAGCAGAGGAGGUCAGUUUUAUUUGUAUUGUCACUUGAAUCUCUCCUGACCAGAGUCUAGAAGGAAGAAAGAAUAUGCUUAAGAGUAUGCUGUUGGAAUGAUGCAAUGGGAGAGGUGGCAGUAUUGACCAUAUAACUAUUUAAAUUUUACU